CGCAGAUGCCCAGCCGGGAAGAAGCCGGCGGCAGGCGAGGCGGCGGGCGCGCAUUGUGCACGCCGCCCGCGCUAGGGCAUGGUGAGUCAGGCGCUGCUGCGCCUCGGAACCGCCGUCAGCCGUCGGAGAAUGAAGCUGCUGCUGGGCCUCGCGCUGCUCGCCUACGUCGCCUCCGUUUGGGGGAACUUCGUCAGUAUGAGCUUUUUGCUCAACAGGUCUAUCCAGGAAAACAGUGAACUGAAGAUUGAAAGCAGGAUUGAAGAGAUUGUUGAGCCACUGAGAGAGAAAAUCAGAGAUUUGGAAAAAAGUUUCACCCAGAAAUACCCACCAGUGAAGUUCUUAUCAGAAAAGGAUCGUAAAAGAAUUUUGAUCACCGGCGGUGCAGGGUUCGUGGGCUCCCACCUCACAGACAAACUCAUGAUGGACGGCCACGAGGUGACAGUGGUGGACAACUUCUUCACAGGCAGGAAACGGAAUGUGGAGCACUGGAUUGGCCACGAGAACUUCGAGCUCAUCAACCACGACGUGGUGGAGCCCCUCUACAUCGAAGUUGACCAGAUCUACCACCUGGCAUCUCCAGCCUCCCCUCCCAACUACAUGUACAACCCCAUCAAGACGCUGAAGACCAACACCAUCGGGACACUGAACAUGCUGGGGCUGGCAAAGCGCGUGGGUGCCCGUCUGCUCCUGGCCUCCACAUCCGAGGUGUAUGGAGAUCCCGAGGUCCAUCCACAAAGCGAGGACUACUGGGGCCAUGUAAACCCCAUCGGGCCCCGAGCCUGCUACGACGAGGGCAAGCGGGUGGCGGAGACCAUGUGCUACGCCUACAUGAAGCAGGAGGGUGUGGAGGUGCGUGUAGCCAGGAUCUUCAACACCUUUGGUCCACGCAUGCACAUGAACGACGGGCGGGUGGUCAGCAACUUCAUCCUACAGGCGCUCCAGGGCGAGCCCCUUACGGUGUACGGGUCUGGCUCACAGACAAGGGCAUUCCAGUAUGUCAGUGACCUGGUAAAUGGGCUGGUGGCACUCAUGAACAGCAAUGUCAGCAGCCCCAUCAACCUGGGGAACCCAGAAGAACACACAAUCCUGGAAUUUGCCCAGUUGAUCAAAACCCUUGUUGGUAGCGGGAGUGAAAUCCAGUUUCUCUCCGAAGCCCAGGAUGACCCACAGAAGAGGAAGCCAGAUAUCAAGAAGGCAAAGCUGAUGCUGGGUUGGGAGCCUGUGGUCCCGCUGGAGGAAGGUCUAAACAAAGCCAUCCACUACUUCCGCAAAGAACUGGAGUACCAGGCGAACAACCAGUACAUCCCCAAGCCCAAGCCCGCCAGGAUCAAGAAGGGCCGGAUGCGCCGGGCCCGCUGAGUCCCACUGGCUGCCGGCCCUAGGCACCCUUAAAGACACGGACUCAAGUUUUGUUUGUUUCUUGUUAAAGACUUAAAACAGGUGUCAUGAAGAACAAACUGGAAUUUGGUUCCGAAGCUUGCUUUAAAGACACGAAUGUGCCUAAAAGCUCCCUCAGAAACUGCGGACUCUGCCUUGCACUUUUUGAAUCUUUUUAUGUAAAAUAGCCUAGGUGCAUCUUUGCGUAUUUUCAAGGUUUUUUUUUUGCUGUGAGAGCCUGUGUCAUGACUGUCAUUGACAGUUUUAUUUUCUGGUUUCUUUGUGAAGCUGAAAAAGAACAUUAAAUGGGAUGAAAAUGCCAAUUUUAUUUAUAAAAGUGGGUACUUAUAAAUGAGAUGUUAUUCUACACAUCAAGAAGAAAAACCAGCAGUAUUGUCAGACGGGCAGCAUUCGUUUUCAGACAGAUAAAGAAUUCCGUUGGAGAGCUUUAUGUUUCUUUUUUAAUUCAGAAUUUUUCCAAGGUCUAGUUUUUAGUUGCAAACUUGACUUUGAAAUAUUUCUAUUGGUCACCACGAUCAAGGAUAUUUGAAUCACUACUAUGUUGUGCUGCAUAUUUGGGGGUGGGAGGGACAAAGUUAAAAUAUUCUUGGUUAACCAUGGAAAAAUAUGCUAUUUUAAUAAAAUAUUGAGAUUUGCCAGUCACAGGCUCUCAA